AUGGAGGGUAAUUCCGUCUUAAGGUUACUCCUUUACCUCGCAGUUCUUAUCCCAUGCACAGGCGCCUACUCAUUUAGCCCAUCCAAGAAUACAAACCCGAGUAGGAACGUCUUUUUUACGCCUAUGGCAACCAAGGAGAGAGAGGAAAGCCAUUUGAAGUGGAUGAGUCAAAACGCUCAAGAGGAUUACAACACCAGGAAGGAAAAAAGUGCCACCAAGAUGAACAAAAAAUUGAACAGAUUAUUUAAGACGUUAUAUCCGAAUGAGGCACAGAUGAAGGAAAGGGAAAAAAAGGAACCUUAUUACCAAGGAAGGAGCAUGGAGGGUAUGCAAAUUAAUCAGGGAAUUGAGGAUAAUAAUAGAAGUUACGAUGGGGUGCGAGCUGCCACCUACAGUGCAGUGGCGAGGGGGAGUAACGAUGAAGCAGUGCGGAACAGUCGGCGCAAGGGAGGCUUCCCCAGUGGGAAUGUCCUGAACAGACAGCUUCCCAGCAGCUACCCGGCUGCCCAAAGGGGAGAAACGACUCUCCACAGUGUUGACAGUGAUAGCAAUGUUAGCAAUGAUAGCGAAAAGCCUAGCUAUAAUGAUACGAAGGGGGCAGAAACAGCUGAGCACCACAGUAGCGAAAACAUCGAACGCAGCCAGGACAGCGACGCAGAGAACGACGCAAACCAGCAGAGUCCACUGCACCUUUUCGGUCAAAGUGAAAAAUUAAAAAGUGAAUCCAAAUUUGCCCUCAUGGAUUAUCUGAAGGAAUUAUUCCAGAAAUCGACGUACAUGAAACGGUUCCAGAAUUUUAUCGAAAUAUUUUUUAACAAAUAUGAUCAGCGUGUGUUGGAGUCUACGGUUUUUUUUAAUUUUGACGAAACGUUGUUUUAG